GAUGAUGUAUUGCCUUCAGUGGCUUAUUCCAGUUUUACUGAUCCCCAAACAUUGGCUUCAUCCAACGUUCAUCAUUGAUCAAGCAAUAUUCAUGUGGUUCUAUGUUGCCGGGUUUUUCAUGGAAAGAAGGCCAUGCUAUAUUUGUUCGGUGAUAUUUUUCACUACAGUUGGAAUGUUGUGCUGGAGUGAUAGUGAUUCCUGUAUAUUUUGGCCAUCCUGCAAAACAGUCCUGAACGGUGAAAUGUGCGCAUAUGUUCGUGAAAAAAGGCAGUGGCUUUCGUGAGA